AUGGCGGAAGGGAUAUACGAAAGAAACAGGAUUCACAAUCGAAUACUUCUUUUCGAGCCAUUUGAACUGCUCGUCGACUCGGAUAUUUUUCAACGUACCCGCAAACUCAAACAAACCGGCCUUGUGAAUCUCGUGUAUCCGGAAUGUGAGCAUUCGAGAUUUGCUCAUUCUCUCGGAGCGUUCGAUAUAGCAUGUCAGAUAACUGAGCAGCUCAAAGGACACGGAAAUCCGCAUAAUAUCACAUCAGCCGAUAGAGUUUGUGUGUCUGCGGCGGCGCUUUUGAAAAAUAUUGGGCAUUUACCAUAUUCUCAAUUGCUCGAUAAUAAAUUCCAAAACGGUGAAUAUAAUUUGCUUAAGUAUGUCGAGAUGUCAACUCGAAUAGUUGAUCAUCUAUUUUUCGAAAAUAUUAAAAUUCGAAAGGGAUUCGAGCCUUAUUUGGGAACAGACGAAACGACGUAUCGAACCAACAUCAUAUUUAUUAAAGAGCUGAUUGUCAGCAAAGAAAUGCUGAACAUUCACUUGCUCGACGAUUCACACGAUUUGAAAACGAAAGAAGAAAUAAAUCGAAGUUGUUGGCCGAUGAAAGGAAGACCGAUUGAAAAAUCGUUUUUAUACGAUAUUGUUUCAAACGUUCAAAAUGGCAACGAUGUCGAUAAAAUGGACUAUCUUCUAAGGGACUCUGCAGCUGCAAACAUUCCAAUCAACUUGAAUAUUUCUGGUCUGAAACGUAUAAUCGAGAACACGAAAGUGGUAAUCGAUCCAGAGAGUGGCAUUCUUCGGAUUGGAUACGCGCUCAAAUGCGUUGCCGAUGUUAGUGCGAUUGCAGAUUCAGCAAGGGAAUUGCAGUCAAAAGUUUAUCAACACAAAACAGUUCUCGGAAUCAAUGUAUUAUUUUUUGACGCUCUUACAAAAGCAGCACAACAUUUGGAAUAUAAGGGAUCGGACAGAAAAUACAAGUUGCAUGAGGUGACGGACGAUAUUGAAGCAUUUUCGAAAGUUACCGAUAACAUUGAGGACGAGGUACUAAUCGCUUUGGAAAAUUUCUCCAAAAAUGGUUUAGAUUUUGAACUCUGA